AUGGAUGCUGCUGUCGCCACCUCCAUUGCACUGAAUGUGACAGAGCCUUCAUGCUGUGGGAUUGGUGGAGAUGCGUUCGCACUCUUCUACGACGCAAAGACGAAAAAAGUGCACGCACUCAACGGUUCCGGACGAUCUCCAAGGGCUCUUACAGUCGAAAAGCUCAGAGAACGCGGGAUAGUUGGAAACACAAUCCCAUAUACUGAUCUGAACAGUGUGACUGUUCCUGGAGCGGCCGCGGCUUGGGUUGAUUCUGUCGAAAUGCUCGGUAGUGGCAAAGUCAGCUUUGCAGAAGUUGCUGCCCCUGCCAUCCGUCUCGCAGAAGAAGGUGUCCCGGUAUCCGAGGUUCACAGUCUGGGAUGGCAACGGUCGGAGAAGAUCCUGCAGCAUGCUUCUCCAAAUGGGGAUGCGAUGUUACUCAAUGGUAGAGCGCCCCGACCUGGCGAGGUGAUGCGCUUUCCAGACCUUGCAUCGACCUUCAAAGCGCUGGUCACAGAAGGGAAAGAUGGAUUUUACAAGGGACGCGUAGCGCAGGCCAUUGUUGAUCUCAUCCAAGGCCAAGGGGGAUUGAUGACAUUGGAAGAUCUCGCGGCACAUAAAACCGACGUCGUGGAUCCAAUAUCGUACACUUACGCGAAUGAUGUCAAAGUCUGGGAGUGUCCUCCAAAUGGCCAAGGAAUCACUGCACUGAUGGCACUGGGGAUCCUCGAAGCUGCCCAAGAGCAAGGGACAAUCAAAUCGCUUCUCGACAUGGAGCACAAUUCAGCAGAAUAUCUCCACGCUCUCAUCGAAGCUCUGAGAUUAGCAUUUGCAGACAGUUUGCAUUGGGUAACCGACCCAGAUUGUGCCCCAGUAUCCCCUUCCAAACUCUUAUCGAAAGAGUAUCUGUUGUCAAGAGCAAAGCACUUUAAUCCACAAAAAGCCAUCGCUGAUGCAGAGCAUGGCAACCCGAUCAACUCAUCCGACACCGUCUACUUUACUGCUAUACCGAAAGGAUGUGGAUUCACGCUGCAGAACAGAGGUUGCGGGUUCGUCCUCAAUGACCCGUCGCAUCCAAACAUCCUCAAGGCAAGCCACAUUCGAUCUGUUUCCUUUUGGCUCACUAAUGAUGAUGUGCAGGGCGGGAAGCGACCCUAUCACACAAUUAUUCCGGCUCUUGUGACUCGGGGAGACGAGCUCUUCCUCAGCUACGGAGUCAUGGGUGGUUUCAUGCAGCCACAAGGUCAUGUGCAAGUACUCCUAAAUAUGCUAAGAGGGUGGACUCCCCAGGACGCCCUCGACGCACCCCGGUUCUGCAUAUCUCCCGGACUGCCUGAUGCUCCUGUCAAAGAAUCUACAAAAGCCGGAGACAUCAAUAGCGAAGUCUACUUUGAACCCGGCAUUUCCAAUGAGACUAUACAGACGCUCCGAGCCAUGGGUCAUGACGCUAGACCCGUUACCGGAAUUCAACGAGCACUAAUGGGCCGCGGCCAGAUUAUUCAACGCCUCAAGACAUCGGAUGGCAGUCUUGUAUGGGCCGCUGGCUCGGACUUGCGAGGGGAUGGACAUGCAACGCCGCAGAUAUAG